AUGUAGGGAAGCACAGAGAGAGAGAGAGGACGGAGGGGGGCUGGAUGGGAAAGGGAGGCAGAGCGAUUGGACACAGGGAGAGAGACAGAGAGCGAGUGAGAGAGAGACCCAGAGAGAAAGAGGGGGGAGCGAGCCAGAGGAGAGGAUAUUGAAAGGGAAAAGAGGGCACAGCUGUAGAGAGGGAUGCAGGCUGUUUCGCUUGCUCUCUCUCUGCUCACACAUCACUCAGAUGGGACUGCGAGUGAAGAUUUAGUGGGGAGUGGCUGCAAGGACCUGAAGGAGGACAGUCUACUGUACCUCCGCCUGUUUGCUUCUUCUGUGGCUCUGCUGGCACUGUGAUGCCACUAUGCCAGCCAUGAACAGGCCAGGAUUUUUGACUAAAGCAGGUCUGAGGAGGCUCCUGACGUCGGAUGAAGUAUGGAGCUUUGGAAGGAAGAGGAGUUCAGGAGAACAAAUCCAAACGGAGCAAGAAACUCUACAACAGACGACAGGUUCCAAAGAGUCAUGUGACCCCAAGCGCUUCUUAGCAUACAGUCAUCGAAGCCAGCCUCUCCAUCACGCUGAGAGAAAAGUGAAAAGCGAAGAUGGAAAGCCUUCACAUCAGCGCGAACCACUGAAGGAAGACUUUAAAGCUCAUGGUUAUGAGCACGAGCCUGAGAAGAACAUCCAAAGCCCUUUGCAUAAAGGGCAACAUCAUGAGAAGGUGACCCCACCCAAAAGCAGUGAAGUAUACUCAGGGGAAAGAAUACAAUACCCAGCUGAAGUCACUUGGAAGCCUAUCAAGAAUGUGCAGCAUUUCACAUCAGGACAACACAACCAAACUAGUUGUGGAAUCACUGACAGGGCUCCUAUUGUGUCCAGUUUGUCAUCUGACAUAGAGGAAGACCUGCCCUAUGAUUAUGAAGACAGCCAUCAAAAACCCAGAGAACAGAGAGAAAUGAAGCUUCAAGAGGCUUUGAAGACCUAUUCCGCCUCAGAUGAUACAGACUGUGGCCAGGUAAUAACCGACAAUGCGACUCUCAAUGUGGAGAACAACCAACGGUCACAGACUGUAUUGCUGUUCAACAAUAAUCAUGAGAUUUGCGGUGAGACAAAGAAGAGUGAAUCAAAUACAGCUUACACACGAAUAUGGCACAAUUCAAAAGAGUCAUUCACAGAUAAACCACUCAUUGCUAAUUUGGUCCAGGUUUUAAGCAGCGAUCUGAAAAGAGGUGAGGAGAGUCCAACUUGUGAUGAUAGCCUUUCUGAGACAGAAGAUAGAUCAGAACCCUUUUCACUCCAGAGUGAAGCACUGGCCUGGUCUGAAGAAGAGAGAGAUGGUUUUAAUGAAGAGAAAACUGAAGCAAGCACAUGCUCCUUGGUCUUCGCUGAAAAGUUCAUUGUGUUCUCAGAACCGCCAUAUUACCAUCAGUCCAGCAAUGAGGUGGGUUGCCAUGAUGCCCCUUAUUAUGAGAGGGAAAUGACCACAGAGUGCACCCUCUCAGAGAUUCUUUCUCCAGUAGAUGAGGUUUUGUCAUAUGGAAGUGCUGAGCUCCCUCCUUCGGUUAAAGGAGGUGGUGGUUCAGGACCAAAUAGUAACAGUUUACCACCUCCUCCACCUGCCUUCGAGAUCAUCACAUGGACUAGUGAGGAAGAUCUUCCAGCUCCACCUGACUUUGUUGAAGACGUUUCCAUCAACAGUGAGAACUUCCCUAACCUUCCUGUGGACUUGUCUUUAAGUAGAAAAGAGACUAGAAGUCUAGGCUCGGGGAGUCUGGGGGAGAGUGAGGUCAAUAAUGAUGCUGUGAUUGGAGAUGGAUGUAAAACCCUUUCUCCUAAACUGGCCACAGGGCAGGACGAAGAGGACGAGUGCUCGGAGUACACCAGCUCUCUUCCUGUGGAUGACAGUAAUGAGACUGAAGACCCUUUAUCCUCCUUUCACAUUGGAGACAGGGUUCUUGUCUGCAACUCAAGACCAGGCAUCCUGAAGUAUAAGGGAUCCACUGCAUUUGCCGGGGGUUUUUGGGCUGGCGUGGCACUGGAUACUCCCAAUGGAAACCACAAUGGCACUUUCAGGGGUGUAAAGUACUUUACAUGUGAAAAGAACCACGGGGUCCUGGUCAGAGCAGAAGACGUUAGUCAUCUGCAUAGAGAUCACUGCAGUGGUUUGAAUACUCAUGUGGAUGAGGAUACCUUCUCAGAUGGCCAAGAUGGGAAAAGUGGGAAAAGACCAUCUGGGAAUGGACAAGGGAGGCACAAGAACAGCCAAAGCUCUUGGGGACGUGAUCUGUCAGCUCCAAAACAGACAGGCCUGCAGGAAUUGUGUGAAAAUGAUGCCACCAGAGACACAUUCAAUGAGUUAUCAAGUGGUUCAAGAUCCAGUGAAAAAUCUCCAUUAAAGGUCGAUCAUAAGCUUGUUUGUUACAAUGAGCAGAACAAGCAUCAUGUUGAGGAGACUGAUGUUCUGAUAGAGAGAUUAACUGAGGAGAUUUUUGCGGAUGCUUUGAAGAGUGUGCAGGAGACCAGGAAGAGACAUAGACAGAUAAUCAGAUCUAAGCACGACAGUAAACCUAUUGAUUCUGGCUUUAGGAAAAGGGAAAACAGUAACUUUGCAACUAACAAGCCAUGUCUCAUGGAUCAGUGGCAUCAGGUGCAUCCUGAAACACCCCCACAAAUACAGGUCCAGCCUCAUGAGCACGGCAUUGUCUACAGACUGGUAGAUGCCACAGUUGAGGCUCUCUGUGGCCAAGCGGGUGAAGCUGCACUCGAUGUUUGUGAAACACCAAGCCACUUAGUAGAUGAUAAAAGCUGCAAAGGCUACAGGCAGGUCCUCUUCCAGUUAGCAUCUGAUGUACUACAUGAGGUUUGUGCCAAUAUAUUGGAAACAAGCAGCUCUGUCCAGAAAACAAAGGCAACAUCAGUGAUCUCAGCUCUGCAGAAAGGGCAAAUUUCAGUGGCCUAUUUAAAGGCUGCAGUGAAAAGGGAGACCCAGAAAGUGCUUAAUCUGGAGCGCACUGAUCAACAAAUGACAGAGAUGCUGCAAACACUGUGCAAAUACUGGUAUGCCAAGAGGGACCGAGUGGACUACAUCUUGAUUCAGGAGCUUCACAGCGAGGAGAGGCAGUGGGUGGAUUACAGCACUGACCAGAUCACUGUGAAAAUACGACUGGCUGAGGAGAUCUUCAGGCUACUUCUGGAUGACACUAUAUCAGUUCUUAACCACAUUUAUAUAUCAGGCAACAAGUGACACAAAAUUUAGCACUCUUAUCAUGUCAUCUUAACGAACAACAAAUCUGUUUUUAAGACAAUCUGUUUU